AUGGAUUUGAUCUCAGGAUUUUUCCAGUGUGCAAUUCACCCUGACAGUAUUCCGAUUACAGCUGUUUGCACAACUUUCGGUAACUACGAGUGGACUCGGUGUCCCAUGGGGUUGGCUAGUUCCCCAGGAUGGUUCCAAGGCAUUAUGUUGCGUGUGUGCGAAGGGCUUGAACGAUGUAAGCUGUUCAUCGACGAUAUUGUUAUUUUCUCUAAGAGCGGGAAAGAACAUGUUGUUGACAUGACACAUUUUAUCGAGCGGGUAAAGCGAUGUAACCUUAAUCUCGCACCUAAGAAAACUUGCCUGGGUGUUAAGGUCGUCAAGUUUCUAGGACACGAAGUCACUGUGAAGGGUCUAAAACCGGAUCCAGCUAAAGUGGCUAGUUUGCAACGAAUUCCUAUGUCAACGAACGUUAGCCAGCUAAGGUCACUCUUGGGUGGGCUGAGCUACUAUUAUCGAAGUUUCCUUCCAAAUAUGGCAGCUCAAACGCGUCCGUUAAACAAUCUCUUGAAGAAGGGUACCAAGUUUGUUUUUGGCACGGAACAUGUGGAAAUCGUACAACGGUUGAUGGAUAAACUGUCUAGCCCGAACGUGUUAGCCUAUCGAGAUGCGAUAUCGGGGGUCAGAAAAUUUCGUGUUAUCACGGAUGCGUCCCAGGAUGGAUUGGGUGCAGUUANGAAUUAUCGAGAUGCGAUAUCGGGGGACAGAAAAUUUCGUGUUAUCACGGAUGCGUCCCAGGAUGGAUUGGGUGCAGNGACCAACCUGAUGGCACAACCAGACCUUUGUGUUUCUUGAGAACAGCAGAUCCACUCUUCCUAACGAGAAGCAGUGGACACCAGCGGAACUUGAAUGUGGUGCUUUUGUCUGGGCGAAUAAAAAGAACCGUCAAUUUUUCUAUGGUAUACCUUUCGAGGUGGUCACCGAUCAUCAGCUAUUGUUAAACCUGGAGAGUUUGUCCUCUAAGGUUAAUCGCG